GAGGUGUCACGGUGGGUGGGACGAGGAGCUCGAGAGGGAGGUGGGGCGAGGCGGUCCGAUCCACGGGGAGGCGAGAAGAAAUGGCGCCAUGGGAGGAGAAAAGGAGCUCGUGGGGGCCGAAAAGGAGUGGGGAACUUGCGGAGGAGAGUGAAGGAGCGUUUCUCUCUCCCACGGGUCGUCGCCAUCGCCAUCGUCAUCGAGCACCACGCCACCACCAACCGUCCACCGGUGGUGGCCACUGGCCAGCGAAGCCAUGACGUUAUCCCCUCACACACUCUGCCCACCCCUUCUCCCCCCGCUCCCGCCAAGUUCAAACCGCCGCCCGCCGCCGCCUCGCUCCCGCCCCUGCCCCCGCAUACUCCUCCCGGCGCUCGCGGGCCGCCGGAGCCGCGUACACCUCGCGCGGCCGCCGCGCGCGGGUGCGGGCGCAGGGGACGGCAUGGCGUCGCAGGACGCGCACUACCCCACGCUGCUCGAGCACAUGGGCCGGGCCGGCGCGCCCGCCGACCUCGCCGUCCUCGUCGCCCACAUCCAGGCCGCCUGCAAGCGCAUCGCCGCGCUCGUCGCGUCCCCCGGCAACGCCGACCUCUCGCGGGCCAAGCCGGCGGCCGCUGCCGGUGGGGCGUCCGCGGCCGGGCGCGACGCGCCCAAGCCGCUCGACGAAUUGUCGAACGAGAUCAUCCUGUCGUCGCUCCAAAGCUCCGGAAAAGUUGCAGUGGUGGCGUCCGAAGAAAACGAUCUCCCCGUUUGGAUGUGCGAUGACGGCCCCUAUGUUGUUGUCACCGACCCGCUCGAUGGUUCUCGCAACAUCGAGGUGUCGAUCCCCACUGGAACGAUAUUCGGGAUAUACGAUAGGCUGGUGGAACUCGACCAUCUCCCUGUGGAGGAGAAAGCUCAGCUCAAUUCACUGCAGAGCGGUUCUCGCCUGGUCGCUGCUGGAUACGUCCUAUAUUCAUCUGCCACCAUCUUCUGCAUCAGUUUCGGUGAGGGAACUCAUGGCUUCACGUUGGAUAGAUCGACAGGAGAAUUUGUUCUGACGUAUCCUUUCAUGCAAAUACCCCCUAGAGGACAGAUAUAUUCAGUGAAUGAUGCGCGGUAUUUCGACUGGCCAGAGGGCCUGAAGAAGUACAUCGACACGAUCAGACAAGGCAAGGGGCAGAAUCCCAAGAAGUACUCGGCUCGGUACGUGUGCUCAUUGGUCGCUGAUUUUCACCGGACGGUCAUAUACGGUGGAGUCGCAAUGAACCCGAGGGAUCACCUUCGGUUGGUAUACGAGGCAAAUCCUCUCAGUUUCCUUGCCGAGCAGGCAGGGGGGCGAGGCUCGGAUGGCAAAACCAGAAUCCUCUCCAUUCAGCCUGUGAAGCUGCACCAGAGGCUGCCAUUGUUCCUUGGGAGCAUGGAGGACAUGCUUGAGCUAGAAAGCUAUGGGGAUGUCCAGCAGAAAGUCAAUCCUGGAUACGAUGUUUAAUGUUAAGCAUGAGGUGAUACCUUCAGGUAUUGUAGCUUACAAUGAGGUAACCAUUGUAUAUGGCAAAGUCUAUAUUUGCAAGCACAAUGUUGUUUCUGUGUAUUGUUUUGUUUGCCUUCUUUUGCCUAGGCAAUUGCAGAGUACUGCAUAAUGGAGGUCAGAAAAAUUUGCUGUAGUUCACUGUGGAAACAAAAUAUGCAAUAUGGCUAUUUGUUUGUAA